CACACUGACAUGCAGUUGGUUUUCAAUAAGGAAAUUGAAGCCAUUUUGCAUCUGAAGUACUUUUGAAGACACCAGCCGGGGGACAAGUUCAAGCACUGGGAAUGAACUCACACAGCGGGCCCGGCAGUGGGAGAAGAGGAGUUUAAAAACAGUUCCAAAAAAGCUCACCUGCUUUAUCAGGAUGGGCUGCGCUUGCAGUGGCCAGAAACAAGUAAAAGAUGACAAUUUCUACAUAGGAAAAAAACUCAACUCUCAGGGCGCCAACUCGUCGAAUCACAUCGCACGAAGUAAAAACACCUCUUUGGAUAAUGAUUACGUGUUUUUGGCACAACAUGACUUCAAAGGGACCAACGACAACGAUCUACCUUUCAAAAAGGGAGACAAACUUAAGGUUUUGCAAGAAAACGGAGAAUGGUGGGUGGCCAAAUCGGUGGCGACUGGAAAGGAGGGCUUAAUACCAUGUAAUUAUGUAGUUAGAGAAGAUACACUGAAGUCGGAAAAAUGGUUUUUCAGGGACAUGAGUAGGAGAGAGACUGAACGACUGCUUUUAGCCCCUGGAAAUAAACCGGGUGCCUUUCUAGUUCGAGAGAGUGAGACCGCUAAAGGGUCCUUCUCACUGUCAGUCAGAGAUUGUGCACCAGAAGGAGAUGUGGUAAAACACUACAAGAUCCGCUGUUUGGACAAAGGUGGAUACUACAUCUCUCCCUCCAACACGUUUCCGACCCUACAGGAACUGGUCAAUUAUUACAGUCGUACAGCAGACGGUUUGUGUCAGCGGCUGUAUGCUCCCUGUAAGACUUUGGCGCCCGAGCAGCCGUGGGCACAAGACGAAUGGGAGAUUCCCAGAGACACCCUGAAAUUGGUGAAGAAACUGGGGGCCGGGCAGUUUGGAGAAGUGUGGAUGGGUUAUUAUAAGAACACCCAGAAGGUUGCUGUUAAGACCUUGAAGGAGGGAACGAUGGAGCCGGGGGCCUUCCUGCAGGAGGCCAACCUGAUGAAGCAGCUGCAGCAUGAACGACUGGUGCGCCUCCACGCUGUGGUCACCAGGGAGCCCAUUCUUAUUGUCACUGAGUUCAUGAUUAAUGGAUGUCUUCUGGACUUUCUGAAAUCAGACGAAGGACAAAAGCUAAAGCUAAAUAAGCUGAUAGACAUGUCAGCGCAGAUAGCUGAAGGCAUGGCUUACAUCGAAAAGAAGAACUACAUCCACCGAGACGUGCGUGCAGCCAACAUUCUGGUCAACGAGACCCUGCACUGCAAGAUAGCAGACUUUGGCCUGGCCAGGAUCAUCGAGUCAGAAUACACAGCUCAAGAAGGCGCCAAAUUUCCCAUCAAAUGGACGGCUCCGGAGGCCAUAAAUUUUGGCACAUUCAGCAUCAAAUCCGAUGUGUGGUCCUUUGGCAUCCUGCUCACAGAGAUAGUCACCUAUGGAAGAAUACCCUACCCAGGGAUGACCAACCCAGAGGUGAUCAGGAGCCUGGACAAGUCGUACAGGAUGCCGUGUCCGGAAGGCUGCCCAAAGGAACUCUAUGAUAUUAUGCAUAUGUGCUGGAAGCAGAGGCCUGAGGAGCGACCGACUUUUGAAUUUCUGCAGAACAUUCUCAACGACUUCUUUAUUGCCACGGAGGGACAAUAUGAGAUGCAGCCAUGAUUAAAGAAAAGGUUUCCUGUUGAUAAUCUAAAGACAUCAAGAUGUUCUAAACAGAGACGUGGGACUUGAAUGGAAAGUGGAUGAGGACCAACCAAACACAAUUUUUAAAAACUGACACAGUUUUUUAAAUGUACGCUGAUGUACGAUGGUAUGGAAUAUGGAAGUACAAUAUCAGUACAUGCAUGAUGUAAAACAACCUUUGGACCUGAAGAAGUCAAGUCGGCACAGGUAACGUUACAGAUGAAACAUUCGCUUGGUACAGAAAGAAGCAUCCUGAGAUAAAAUGCACAAUACUUUGCACUUUUUUUUUAUUCAUCAGUCAUCCAGCGGAUACAUAAAAAAGGAAGAAGCUUUUUAAUGAGAAUUUAUACUCGCACACAUUUUCUUUGUAAAUAAAAAUAUUUACUUUAC